GCCCGAUGUCGGGACCUGCAUUGCAGCGGGCAACCAUCAACACAACAUCGUCAAGACAAAACACCUCCUUGAACAAAACUCCACUUUUUGUGAGUGUUGGAGAGACGAUUGUCUUAUCCAGCCAAUACACACCUAUUUUGCGGCCUUGGAAAGCUGUUGGUUUAACAUGUUCCGCGACUGCGCCUCUCCUCCAGCUCCAGCUCCAGCGUCCAUACGUUGGACUGUUGGUUAUGUCGAUGCCAUUCGGUCGUGAACUGACCCUUGAACACGGAACGCGGUAUGUUAGGGAGGGGCAUUGUGAAGAUCAAGAUUGAAAAUGAAUUCUGCAAGUUCCCAUCCCGAUACAUCCCAUAGACGACGUCUACACUAAAUGCAAAAGAAAAUUGCAGAACAGACGACAAUCAUGCUUCCUAGUCCUCCCUUGAACACGGUACUUUCGUUCACAAUGGCAUUUGCUUCCUGUUCAUCAAUGUCUCAGAUCACACCUGGGUACUUGAGCCAUGGAAAAAGAGAGCAACAUUCCGGUGACCUGCCAACGGGAUGGAAUUCGCAUACCUUUGCACCAUGCCUCGCUCGUAGGGAGCUAGAAGAGCUAUGAUGGCGUGGAACCGAGAGCCAACAGAGAGCGAAUAGGUAUUUCUACCAUUGGUUCCCCAUGUAUAUCCUCUCUCUGUUUUUCUUUUUCAGCCUGUUACGUCGAGUUGCUACAUUAAGAGAUACAAAAUGCUUCACUCACAAAACAUUGCCUCGUUGGGCGCUCUCCUCCUCUUGGCCCAGACAUCAACGACACUCGCUCAUCCUGCCAGACACAAUUACCACCACAAGCACCACACCGUCAGGAAUAUCGCAGUUGAACACCACAUCGGAGUUCCAGCUGAUACAAGUGACAUACUGUGGUCGGAUCACACCGCGCAGACGUCGUCGAGAAAGAGGGGAAGCCUGGAAGAUGGCAGCAAGGGGCGCAAAGAGGAUGAAGGAAGGACCUUUACGAUCCGCCAGGUCAAGAACCCUCGUCUCGAAAGACGAAGUACCACACAGCGCAAUGGUCUGUCAGCUUUGCUUCACGCCUACGCCAAGUACGGUGUUGAGCCGUCGCCCAGGAUCAAGAGGGCCAUGAAGCUGAACCCGGCUUUUCGUGAAUAUCGGGAAGAGCUUGAGAAGAGAGGCGAUAUCACGGCCACAGUCGCAGCCAUUCCCCCACCCGGGAACUACGAGUACGUCUCGCCUGUCGAGAUCGGCACACCUCCGCAGACGGUAUGGAUGAACAUCGACACCGGCUCUGCCGACUUCUGGGUAGUCUCCACCGACACCCCUCGCUACCAAACCCGCGGCCACGCCAUCUACGACCCACACACCUCCAACAGCUCGGUCCUGGUCCCCGACCUCAAUUGGCGCAUCACCUACGCCGACGGCUCCGGCGCCCACGGCAUCGUCUACCAAGACCGCGUCUCCAUGGACGAAACGCUGUCUUUCCCCUCGCAAGUCGUGCAAUCUGCCACUUCCAUCUCAUGGGACUUCACCACGGACCCAUACGUCAGCGGGAUCAUGGGCUUGGGUAUGUCGUCUGGUAAUACGGUUAGUGACAGUAUCAAGGAUGUGGAGGCCAGAACGGGGGUGAAGAUCUUGACGUUUAUGGAUAAUGUGAGAGAACAGUUGAAGGAGCCGGUUUUCACCGCGAAUCUGAGGGAUAAUGCGGAGGGAAGCUAUGGGUUCGGGUUCAUCAAUGAGACGGAGUAUAUGGGCGAGGUGAGGUAUGUGGAUGUCAAGGAGGAUGGCAUCUUUUGGGAGUUUGAGGUGGGGGGCUACUUGAUUGGGAGCGAGGAGGAGGAGGAGAAGGCAGAUGAUGAUCCAGUGAUGAUGGACCCUGCUCAGCCCGAUGAAAACCCGAAUACUAAGCAGGCGUCAACGACCAUCCAGUCCGACCAGCCUACCUCAAUGCAAUCAAACCCCAUCACACCUUCUCCGACCCAAACCGCCCAACCAGACACCUCAUCCUCAUCCUCCCCCCUUCUCCUCGAAACCACAAACUCAACCUCCACCACCAACCAAAAACGAAUCUCCUACCCCUUCACCACCAUAGCCGACACAGGCACCACCCUCCUUCUCCUCCCCGACCGCGUCGUAUCCGACUACUACUCCACCAUCCCGCGCGCCUUUUACUCCCCAGAAUGGGCAGGCUACCUCUUUCCCUGCGCUUACACUUCUUCUCUACCCGAUUGGUCCUUUUUCCUCGGCUCCGCUGCAUCUGAGACCACUACCACGACGUCUGAUUCUAAAGCCGAGCCCAAACCUGAUAUCGGCCCGGAAGAAGUCGAAGAAGGGCAGGAAAAAGGGCAGGAAGAAAAAGGGUUCUACUACAAAGGCACAGUCCCCGGGCGGUACAUGAACUAUGGCGAAGUGAACGCAACCUGGUGCUACGGCGGGAUGCAGAGCAGUGAGGACAUUGGGUUUAGUAUUUUUGGGGAUGUGUUGCUUAAGGCGCAGUUGGUAGUGUUUGAUUUGGGAGGGAUGAGGGUGGGGUUCGCGGGGAAGGAGUUGGCAGAGGGGGUUGGAAAGGGGGAGGUGAGUUUGUGAAUGGGUGAUGGAUGGAUGGGUAGAUAUCAUGAGGUGGUGAGGUGAUGAUGAUGGGAGACGGGUGGAAGACGGAGUCUAGUGUGUACACUACUGAUAGACUUGAAAAGAGAUAGGGAAGGAAAAAUCAUAAACGCAAGGGGGGUGAAUACCCAUCCAUUGUUGUAUGUCUG